GAUAUGGCAACACUUUUGGCCUCUGGAGUUCCUUGUAGACCACAGUGACCUGCAACAUUUCAGUACAACGAUUAGGGAAAGAAUUGCCUAGGCAACAGUAGCUAUAUGCUGCUAUGAGUACAUUGAAAUGCAUAGUGACAUCCGUUGUUUUAAAGCUGAAUUGAGUUUAUUUAGGCGGCCUAUAAAUAUGUAUAUCAACCAAUUUCCCGCACUCUCGUUCUUUAUUCGUCAUUAACAAAUGAGACUAUAGAUAAAGCCUAUGAUAUUGCCACGAAGGGGAGGGGCUCUUGCCUCUGGUGUGCUGCCUGAGAAAUAUUAGUCAGUUCCCCCACCAGCACAGCGAGUCUACCGAAAAUACUGACCGACAGACAGCGGCGGGCUGUCGGUGACGCGCACGGAGAGAAUAUUUUAUCAAUUGGACGGAGAGACGGAUGAACGCGUUGUCUCUUUUAUUCCCAAUAGCCUACUGGACCAGACUGAUCCAGCCCAUACAGCUGACUGACCGCUUGCUGAGUGACGUGUUCGUGGUGUAGUCUAAAAUACUGUCUGUAGGCUCAAUAAGAAAAUCCUUGAAGGUAUGUAGCUAGGCUAAAUCUCAUAUAUAUUUUAGGACAAAUCACUGCUUUUCAGUUGAACAAAAUCCUUGAAAUGGAAACGUGCUUGAUAGGCUAGAAAUGGGCACAUCCUCUCCUCAUUCAGAUGUGUGGAUGUGGAAUGUCAAUGCGUAUGACUGCAACCUAGUCAGUCAAUAGCCUGUUUGUGUUUUCAUGUAGGUUUAAGUAUUUUUUUUUUUUUAAACAUGAAUGUUUGACAGAAGUUUACCUCCUUGAGGUAGCCUUUUUCAUCACCAUGGACAGCUCGCGCUCAUCGGUUGUGGCAUUGAGAGAUGUCACCAGACAUGUUUUGGGAAGACAAAAAUUAACGUGAUGUAAUAUUUGGGCAAUCUGAACAUAUGGAAUUGUGAAUCUAUAUUCUGGCCGGUUUUUCCGAACCAUUUUUUUUGACUGUGUGGACUUGAAUGAAUGCCAUUCUGUCUUGAAAUUGGCCCCAGUCUGUUUACCUGCUGGGCAGUGGACUAUUCAACACCUCAGGGCAAAUCCAUUCUCAUGUCUCAUUUCUAAAAUAUCUCAUUUUCCAAAUCAAAUCAAUCUUGACUUCAUUGCAGAUACUAGUGUAUAAUAAGUGGGGGCAGUAUUUACUUAUGACGAAUCUUCAGCCUAUUCACCGGCUUGCUAUUCAAUGGUUCUUAAAGAUGUUAUUUAAAGUUAAAUAUAAUCUUGGGGUGAACUAAAAUGGAUGUUGGGAGUUGGGUACCGACCGCAGGAGAUGGGACCGCGAAUUUCACCCCGGCCAACCUCCUGCUGGAUUCCCAUAACGGGUCCGGUCCGACACCGUGGGAUAACGGUGUGUCCAACAAGGUGACUCGGUUGGAUGGCCAGCAGCACUACAUCACAGAGCAAGCCUACCGGGACUUCACCACUACCAUCCAAGUGAUCAUCCUCAUAGGAUCCCUGUUGGGCAAUGCCACUGUUUUAUGGUGUACCUGCUGUACCAGUGUCUUCAAGUCGGUGACCAGUUGCUUCAUUAAGAACCUGGCGUGUUCUGGGAUCUGUGCGGGUCUGGUGUGUGUUCCCUUCGACGUGGCUCUAGGGGCCAGUCCUCGCUGCUGCUGGUGGCUCCAUACUCUGCUGCUCUGCAAGGCCCUGAAGUUCCUCCACAAACUCUUCUGCUCCGUCACCGUGCUCAGCUUCGCUGCUAUCGCACUCGACAGGUACUACUCUGUCCUCUACCCUCUGGAGAGGAAGAUCUCGGACGCCAGAUCACGUGACCUUGUCAUCUACAUUUGGAUCCACGCCACCAUCGCCAGCGUGCCCGUGUUCGCCGUAACCAACGUUACGGACGUGUACGUAACCUCGUCAUGUUCCGACGCCCGCGCCCGCUCCCUGGGUCACAUGGUCUACGUGGUGACAUACAACGUAACCACGGUGAUCCUCCCGCUCGUCAUCGUCUUCCUGCUAAUGGUCCUGAUUCGCCGAGCCCUCAGCGCCAGCCAGAAGAAGAAGGUGAUCAUCGCGGCGUUGAGAACCCCUCAGAACUCCAUCUCCAUCCCUUAUGUCUCUCAACGCGAGGCUGAGCUACAUGCUACGUUACUGGCUGUGGUGUUAGCCUUCUCAGCCUGUAGCGCCCCCUAUGGGGCGUUGGUGGUAUACCGCACUCUUCUCGGGGACAGGGAGGACUUGUCCCCUUUUCUCCAUCUCACGGCCAUCUGGCUGCCCAAGGUGUCUCUCCUUACCAACCCUCUGCUGUUUCUGACAGUGAACCGCUCGGCCAGGCGCUGCCUGUGUGAUGUUCUAGUCCGGGUACACAGAUGCUACAGCCGGCGUAACGUAGUCAGCACUGGGGCCCUGGGGCUGGGGCUGAGGGGCGAGGGGGGCCCUGGGGCCCUGGAGGGGUCUGCUCGGGCCGGGAGCCAGCUCCUGGAGAUGUUUAAUAUCGGGCAGCAGCAGAUCUUUAGGCCGACCGAUGAAGAGGAGGAGGUGGAGAAUGAGAUACCUUCGUCAGUGGUGGGGGGCUGUUCUUGUCCCAAAGAGAACUACCACCAGGGAGGAGGAGGAGGGAGACAAGGGGGACAUGGAGGGAAGGUGGUUCUUCAGAAAGAGACCGAACCAACCAGAGAGAGCGUCCUGGUAACUAAAGAACAACCUCCUCUCAUAUUGCCCGAGCUCUCCCCUGUCCACGCCUGUGCUUACACCUCCUCGUCACAGGUGGCGCCAGCGACCCCCACGGAGCCCGAGGAUGCCACCCAGUUUGGGUUCGGGCCGUUCGAGCUGCCGCCCCAGUGGCUGCCGGAGACCAGGAACAGUAAAAAGAGGCUCCUCCCACCUCUAGGGAACACCCCCGAGGAACUGAUCCAGACCAAACAGCCACGCCCAAGGCCAGAACGACGAAUCAGCAGGAACAACAAGGUCAGCACCUUCCCUACGUCGACCCCUGAACUAUGAACCCUGGCCAUUGACCUUUGAACUGAUGACCCCUGAUGACAGCUAUGGCUGGAGAUCAGUAUGUGGAUGAUUUUUGAUCCAUUUUGUGUCAAUGACUGGAUACAAAGUCAGUGGAGGAAACCCCACCUGACCAGCCACCUGACCAGCCACCUGUCCAGCCACCUGUCCAGCCACCUGACCAGCCACCUGUCCAGCC